AUGUCGACUUCAUCUCAAAAAAUUAAGUAUCCAUUUUGGUAUGGUGGUGCUGCUAGUAUGAUAGCAUGUUUAGUGACACACCCUCUUGAUCUUGCAAAGGUGAGAUUACAAACGGCUGCCACUCCUGGUCAAUCGUUAGUAUCUAUGGUUUAUCAGAUCAUUACAAAAGAAGGAUUUUUCAAGAUCUAUUCCGGGUUAACUGCAUCGUUAUUAAGACAAGCCACUUACUCUACAACUAGAUUUGGAGUAUAUGAAUUCUUGAAGGAGUCAUACGUAGAGAAAACUCAAAAUAGUAAGCCAAGUACUGCAGUAUUAUUACCAAUGUCAAUGGUUUCUGGUGCAAUGGGUGGUUUAGUUGGUAAUCCAUCAGACGUUGUUAAUAUCAGAAUGCAAAAUGAUUCAUCAUUACCAGCAGAACAAAGAAGAAACUAUAGAAAUGCAUUUGAUGGGAUUAUUAGAAUUACUAAGGAAGAAGGUGUGGGAUCUUUAUUUAGAGGUUUAACACCAAAUUUAGUGAGAGGAGUGUUAAUGACAGCAUCCCAAGUUGUAACUUAUGAUAUUGCAAAGAAUUUGUUAGUUGACAAUUUACACUUAGAUCCAUCUAAGAAAUCUACUCAUUUCAGUGCAUCGUUAUUAGCUGGUUUAGUAGCUACCACCGUAUGUUCACCAGCAGAUGUUGUUAAAACAAGAAUUAUGAAUGCUAAGGGAGCUGCAUCUGGUAGUGCAGUUACUAUCUUAGUUAAUGCAGUUAAAAAUGAAGGUGUAGGUUUCAUGUUUAGAGGCUGGUUACCAUCUUUCAUAAGAUUAGGACCUCAUACAAUUGUAACUUUCUUAGCAUUAGAACAAUUAAGAAAGUUCAAGAUUGGAAUGUAA